UACUACCACGCAGACCUCACGCGUCCCUCGUCUGCUAGCGAAAGAUUGCCACCGUUGGCUUUCCCGCACGCUUCCCAGUCAUACUCCUCGAGCAGCGCGUCCCCCCGGGUUGGCUCCAUAUCAUCAACUUCGAGCUCCAACCUCGGUUCCCUGUCGUCGUUCACGUCGGCCGCGUCUUCGAACGGGCCCAAGACCCCAGGUCCUCUUUCACCCACGCUCGUUAACUGUCCUGCUAUCCCGGGGCCGCAUGAUCAGGCACCAUCCGGAUACAAUCAUUACCCUGCCAUGAACUCGACAGCAACUGAGAUGUAUUACCCGUCGCAUAUGUCAGCCGGCCAGGCCCCGCCGCCGCAGACAGUCACAUCCGCCUACACGCACCAGCAGCCUCAUCCGCACUCUCAGCCGCCUCAAUUGCAACCCGUUCCCGGUCAUUACCCUCCGCCGCAGUAUGGCACCCAGUACGGCUAUGCCAAUGCGAUGACUUCGGCAGCGGGACCACCCUCAGUUUCCAACCAAUUGAGCGCGCCGCAACCCGUCCUGCCACUCCCGGGCAUUAGUCAAUCUGGAAUGAGCCAGGCGGCGUACUCGAACACCUUCGACACGACCGGCCAGGUUGCGCCAGUGGGCAUGAAGCCCCGCGUCACAGCCACUUUGUGGGAGGAUGAAGGGAGCCUUUGCUUCCAAGUCGAGGCCAGGGGCAUUUGCGUUGCGCGCAGAGAAGACAACCACAUGAUCAACGGCACCAAGCUGUUGAACGUUGCUGGAAUGACGCGCGGCCGGCGCGAUGGCAUUCUCAAGAGCGAAAAGGUCCGCCAUGUCGUCAAGAUUGGCCCGAUGCAUCUGAAAGGAGUCUGGAUUCCAUUCGAGAGAGCCCUGGAUUUUGCCAACAAGGAAAAGAUCACCGAGCUCCUUUAUCCGCUGUUUGUGCACAACAUUGGUGCACUGCUCUGCCACCCUACCAACUCAGCUCGGACGAGCCAAGUCAUGGCGGCAGCGCAAAGAAGGCCUGGUCAGAAUCCUCCGGGACUGCCCUCUCUGCACCAGCCUCACCCGCCGUUGGCCUUGCCGGGGCCUCAGAGCCAGCUCUCCUCGCAACCUGCGCCAAUGGGCCGUCCGUCGAUGGAUCGAGGUCACUCGUUCCCUACUCCGCCAGCCUCGGCCGUUAUGAGCGGUAUGAGCAAUUCGGAUGGCUACCCCUGGAAUCAGCAAGGCAUGGGCAACGGCCAGCAGUCGAGCCACAUCUCGAUUGACACGAGCCUCGGCAACAACAACCGAUCCCUGCCCAACACGCCAGCAACAACCCCACCUGGUUCUUCCAUCCAGAGCAUGCAGUCUUAUCCUCCGGUGAGCCAGCCAUACGACAACUCUCGCCCAAUCUAUCAGCAGUCGGGAGCUCCGCCGCCGACGUAUCCGCCUCCGGGCUCGAGUGCUCAGGAGAGGCCGAUGUAUGGGCACGCCACAUACGUAAAGAGCGAGAUGGGUCCUCCAUCAGCUCGGGCGGGGGUCCCUAACGGCGAACAGGGCGAGUCGAAGCCUGUUAAUGGCAUGAUGCAUAACGGACAGGGUGAGGUGGUGCCCGCGACGGGCGCUGAAGAGGAGGCGGAUCACGAUCAUGAUCCUGAAUACACGCACAACAGCGGUGGGUACGACACGAACCGGAGCUCAUACAACUACAGCGCCCCCGCCGUGGCCUCGCUCCAGAACGACCACUCUCAUCUGUCGCCCGAGAUGUCUGGAUCUCCUCACCAGGCGGGGUCAGGACGGGCCACGCCUAGGACCGCCGCCGCUCCGCAGUCGUACUAUGCGUCGCAGGGAUACAGCAGCCCGCCGCGCGUCGGGCAGGCCUCGAGCAACUUGUACAGCGUCAUGAGCAAUGAGCGGGCUUCUACGAACGGCGCAUCCUCCAACGAUGUGUACGGCAACCAAGGCGACAUGGGGGCUCCCAUGCAAAACGGGUAUUCUACCCAGCCACCACCCAUCUUGAAUGGCGGGACUUCAAUGAAACGUAGCAGAGACGACGACGACGACCGUUCAGACCUGAAGCGGCGCAAGGGCAUGCUCGACGGGCCCGGCUCGAUGCCCUCACCGACCUUUAACAGCCAGAUGGCGCAGUCGACGGCCGCGGUGGCCUCGCAACGCCGUCGAUAGAAGAGACGGCGCAGCGUCUUGGACGCCGUGAGCUUUGCGAUGAAGCUUCGAUGCGCCCCUAUGAACCGAGCCGAAGCUGCGAAUGAGGCUCUUUAUUGUAUUCGUUC